AUGGAUCAUUGGACAGACAGCGUGGAAAGCGCCAUAAGCGCUGUUCAGCAGGCGAUGAGCCACCCUGGCCUCUCAUCGGAAUGGACCAGCAUCUUAUGUGCCAAACUUCGGAGGCCAUCUGAGCUCUGUCCUGAUGUUCGCAGGGUGCUUGAGAAGAAUGGCUGGUCUCGCAGCCAGUUCCGAAGUCCGCCUGUGCGAGAGCUGCUGCUCAGGGACUUGCGGGAGCUGGCACAGUCCGAUCAUGGGCCGCCAACCAGGAUCGACGACGAGCGCCGCUUUGAUCGUCAGUAUGUCAUUGAGGAGAAAGAGAAGCCGGUGGGUGAAGGUACCUAUGGUGCAGUGCACCGUGCCUUCUGCAACCGUUUGCAAAAAACGGUUGCGAUAAAGCGUGUCAAGAUGGAGCACGAAGAUGAGGGAAUGCCGAGCACGGCUAUUCGCGAAGUCGCCGUGCUAAAGGCUGCUGAUCAUCCGAACGUCGUGAAACUGUUGGAUGUUGCCUGUAGUCCAGGGCGACUACACCUGGUUUUUGAGUUCGUGGAUGCGAACUUGAAGCAGUACAUGAAGAAGUUUGGGCUGCGGCUGGAGCCAGAAGUCGUGCGGUCCCUUCAGAAGCAGUUGAUGAACGGCAUCGACUAUUGCCACGCUCGCAGGAUUAUUCACCGGGAUCUCAAGCCUCAGAACAUCUUGGUUGAUGGCGAGGAUCACCUUAAGAUUGCCGACUUUGGCAUGGCACGUGCCUUUAACCUUCCCCUCCCGAAGUACACUCACGAGGCCUCAGGGUUUGCGCAAGGGCCGGACGGGCCAGUCCUCUGCAAGUCCAUCUUGUGCUUGCUCAUAGGUGGUGACGACAUGGCCCGUCCCUUAUCGUGA